AUGAAUGACAAUCCAACGGAACUCGUUCGUUCAUCAGAAAUAAAAGGAGCUUUAGUAAUACACAAAUUGAGUCAAAGGCUCUCAGUUUGUCAUUCUGACGAUGAUAAUUAUAGAAUUUGGUCGAGGUAUAGGAAAAAAUUUUACAUGUAUCUUACUAGUAUUAACGACGAAGUAAGAUUAGAAAAAGCUAGAAAGAAAUUGGCACAAACUAUAUGGGAUGAUCAUUAUGACAAGUAUCCACUUUGA